AUGUUAAAAAUGGAACAAAUUAGCAUUCCAUCUUCUGUUGUUUCAACUUCAACUUCGGCUCAAUCACAAUAUCCGUACUAUAAUUACUCAAAUUUAAGUUACAAUUUAACUCAAGAUUAUAAAAUACCAACUCAACCACAACAACAACAACAGCAGUAUAAUUUUCAACCAACUGGUAAUUAUUUUGUACAACCACAACAAUCUCAAUCACUUCCCUCAAUAUUUGCUUCACAUACUCAUCAACAAGUUCAAGAUAGUACUAUGUUAUAUUCAAACUCAUAUAAUAUGGGUAACAAUAAUAAUAAUCAACAAUUUGAGUAUACACAACACAAUAAUCCAUAUCUUCAACAACAACAACCAUCAUCAUAUUCUUCAUCAAAUUAUCCUAUUUUAAAUAAUAAUAAUAACUAUCACACACAAAAUACUGGUAAUUCUGAUCAUCGAUACCCACUAAGUCCAGCUUCAAUUUCCGAAAAAAGUAGUUCAGUUUCUUCGGUUUCGUCAACUAAUUCAUCACAUUAUAAUUAUACACAACCGACAACUUAUCUUCAACCUCAUCAACAUCAUCAUCACCACCCACAAUCACCACCGUCAACAACAAAUAUAGAUUAUUCUUCAUUAGUUUCAUAUACAAUAUCACCAUCAUUAAAACGUAAAAGAAGAAAAAGAAAAGAUCUUACAACCUCACAUUCAACAACUUCAUCACUGGCUGCAUCUGCCUCCAAUUUAGAUGAUAUAUCAGAAUCAUUUCCAUGUACGUUAUGUGACAAAGUUUUCCAAAAGCCGUACAACUUAAAAUCUCAUAUGAAAACUCAUUCAACUGACAAACCAUUUUCUUGUUCCUAUUGUACCAAAACAUUUGCAAGAAGUCACGAUAAAAAAAGACAUGAAGUCUUACACCAAGGAAUUAAAAAUUUUAAAUGUGAAGGCUAUUUACAAGAUGGUAUUACGAAAUGGGGUUGUGGUAAAAAAUUUGCAAGAAGUGAUGCUUUAUCAAGACAUUUUAGAACUGAAACCGGUUGGUUAUGUAUUAAACCAUUAAUGGAUGAAGCUAAAAAAUUAGAAGAAUCAAACAAUGUUGGUAUUGCUACACAAGGUCAAAACAAUAAUGAAACAUCAAAUGGCUUCAACAUGUUACCAAAUUCUAUUGAUUUUAAAUCUUUAGGUAACGAAGAAUUUUAUGAUAAUUCUAAAUUUAUUAGAAAAUUAAUUCAUAGUAAAUAG